AUGAUUUCCACUUCCAGCUCUCUUUUUUAUUCUCUUGGUAGCUUCUCAAAGACGAACCAAGAGGUAUCCUGUCUCUGGGACCUGAUUUUGACACGAUUGGCCUCUUCUCCUCGACCUGAGAUAAGUCCAUCUGCCGGUCACCUUCUUCGCUUGGUGCUCAACCUGCCUCCACGCACUACUUCUGUUCAAUUCGCCUCUGGAGAAGUCACUAAUUGUAGCCCCGUUGCCGAUUGCUAUGGGGAUUGCGGUGACAAAGAGGAGGAUGCCUGCACCACUGCUCGCUGGAGAAACCCGUCUUCUUUGCUACUCACGCCGAUUUCAGCGACCAGAUCGGCUCUUCUCGCGACUGUAGUCGGGGCUGCAGACCAACAUAGCAACACGCCAACAUGGUCUGAUCCCCCUCAUGUUGGCUUGAUGGACUCGUCAUUUCGGCAGCCUGUAUCGGCCGCCCCUACUUUGAAUCACCUCGGAGCCCCUCAUGAGGCCCCGCCAGCUUUCCCAUUUGAGAUGAGACCCGAGGACCGUUGUCUCAUCGCUGCCAACUAUCUCUUGGAUCGAGUGGAAUCGGCAUGUAGGACAGCCGAGGCCCGCCAAUCCGAUGGUCUCCUACUGGUCGCCUCGCAGCAGCCGUUCUACGCCUUCCUCAGCGUCAUCCGCGGUCUUCUUCCUCAAAUGACGGUGGCUGAUAUCGGGCUUGCAUGCAACUCCUGCCCAAUUUACGCUAACAAAUGUAGCAGUAGCCGCCAUACCAGUGGCGUCUCCUCUGACUUAGGCACUUCUUGUCUCGAGACAUCUUCAAUUGACAGGCAAACAAGCCAGGCGACUUCGUCUCCCUGUGAUUUCGAAUGCAGAGCCGCCCAAUUGAGGCACCGAGGACCCUGGCUCCCCAGACAGGACAUGCCACUGCCGCCUGAGGACAUUCCAGUCCCGACAGCGAACUCGUGGAGGAUCUCAUCGCUCCCCUCAGGGCCCACUCAUUCUUAUAUUUCGACGCAGCCAAGCCAGUAUUUGGGCUUUGAGGCAGCCAUGCGAGUCACAGCUCGAACAGAAUUCAUCUUUGCUUCGUGCUCCGGCACUACUAAUGGUACCGACAGCUUGGCUUCCAGGCUUAUCACCUUGGCCGACAGAAUCUCCAGGCUGUGUUCUCCUGUAGUGGCUUCUGCUUCUCCUGAAGGCCUAAUUCUUUCACACCAUAACUUUACGUCUACCAUUACUUCAAACGUUGCUGAUGAUGCUUUGCAGGCUUUGAUUCGAGCUUACUUUGUACCAGAAUACCUUCUAGUUUGCUGUUGGCGAUCUGUGCGAGAACUGGCUCUGAUUCUGGGUACCUCACUUGCACCACACGGUCUCUUGUCAUCCUCCCAACCAGAUCGUUCCGUCCUGCUCACUGAGAAGCAGGUAUUGCACCGGUUUGAAUCCAUUUCCGUUUGUUUCAUACAACGAUCCACAUAG